UUUGUUCUGGAUUUGUUUCCUCAGCAGACUUUGGGUAUCACAUCCCAGAUCCAAAGCCACAACAACAUUUCCUUCAGCACUUUACCAUCCAGCACUUUCAGGAAUAGUUGGAAGACAUUAACUUCUCUGGUUUUGUGGAAAGAGUGGUGUGUGUGUGUGUGUGUGUGUGUGUGUGUGUGUGUGUGUGUGUUGACCCACUUCAGCAGCAUGUUGCCACCUGUGAAAAAGGACCGGAUCAUUACUCAGCUCCCAAAGUGUUUUAGUCCAAAUGCAGCACUGCACACCAAAGAUGGCUUCCACCCGCAGGUGAAGGCUGUGUGCCAAGUACAGAAGACAGACACAGUGAGCUUCAAUAUCGCCAAGGUCAUUGUGGUGGGAGAUGUUGCAGUUGGCAAAACGUGUCUGAUCAGCAGGUUCCGUAAGGGUGCAUUUGAUAAGAACUACAAAGCAACCAUAGGGGUUGAUUUUGAGAUGGAGCGUUUCGAGGUGCUCGGUGUUCCCUUCAGUUUACAGCUGUGGGACACAGCAGGUCAGGAGCGCUUCAAAUGCAUCGCUUCAACAUAUUACAGAGGAGCACAAGCCAUUAUAGUGGUGUUUGACUUAAGCAGCGUGAGCUCUUUAACACAUGCCAGGCAGUGGCUGGAGGACGCCAUGAAGGAAAAUGAUCCAUCCAGUGUUUUACUUUUCCUUGUUGGUACAAAGAAGGACCUCAGUUCUCCAGACCAGUUGUCUCAGAUUGAGCAGGAAGCCAUCAGACUGUCAGAGGAAAUCAAAGCAGAGUACUGGGCUGUGUCUGCGAAGUCAGGAGAUGGUGUCAGAGAUUUCUUCUUCCGUCUGGCCUCUCUGACUUUUGAGGCCAAUGUUUUGUCUGAGCUCGAGAAAAGUGGCUCGAGGCACGUUGGUGACAUUAUCAGGCUCACAGACAGCUCAGAGGCAGAUCACAAACCUAUCAAGAGGAAGCCCAACUGCUGCUUAUGAGAGAGAAAUGAUCGACCUGGACCCCGGCCUGGAUCCACUGUACUGACCACACGGCGACGGCACGCUGAAGGAGAAGAUGCUGAAAUAUGGACUCAGCCUGCUCAGUGUGGAUAGACCUCCUUAAAAGCGAUUUCAACUAAAUGCUUAUUUGUGGUGUUCUGCAGAUGGCCUGAGGUGAAGGUUGAAGGUUUGACACGACGGAGUUAAGGCUGUAAACAACAAUAGUCAGUCAGCAGAAUGAGCAGCUCAGUGUCUUCUCAGGAAUGUUUGUACUGCUGGCCGGAGUCGCAACAUAUAAAGAUUUGUGAUGUGCUCGGUGAGCGUUUCUCAAAAGAGGAAGAUUGUUUUCCUUCUCUUCUCUUAUUAAACUGCACUUUGUCAAUGCUUUCAUAAACACGUGUCCGUCUGUCUGUCUGAAGCAACCUUUUCCCCUUCCGUUAUUGGAGAAAAUGUCAGCACCACAUUUUUUCUUGGUUUCCUUCACUGGUCUCCUGUCAUGUGUCUGUACUGCUAAUGCGAUGCGUACGCCAGCUCCCAUGACCACGGUCAUACCCACAACGCAUCUCUCGCCUCUGACAUAAGGGUUCUCAUGAUCUCAAAAGUGGAGGGAUUGUUUGCAGGGAGCAGCCAGUUACAUCUGAGGCAAAUUCAUUUCCUCCCUCAGUAAAGUGAGACCGGAGGAUGAAAUGUGUGUUCUCAGAAACCUGCUUACAUUCUCUCGUCCCCCGCUAUAAAUACAUGUAUGUUUAUCAUAGCUCAAAUAUUAUGAAUUGCAAAUACUCUUGUUGCCACU